AGACGCCACGUCACACUGAGUCUCCAUCCCAAAAACUUUCCCCAAAACAAGAAAGAAACAUACUUUGUUCUAUCUUCUCUCUCACAUAGGGUAAGCGAUCUUUAAACAUCUUUGCUCGAUUUUUCGUGUAGUUCCUAGAUUCUCGGAGAAUCAAAUUCACUUACUAAAUGGAGCAAAUUGCGGCGUUAGAUGUCUCAAAUGGUAAAGUAAAAGAGCCGAGGGUAUUAUCUCCGGGAGGGUCCAAGAUCGAAGAGAGGCAAAGUCACAGUGCUACUAAUGAGAAUGAUAUGAGUCAAGAUGGUAGAGAUCAGCCUCAUGGUGAAGUGAACAUGGAAGCUUCUAUAUCAGCAGAAGAUGUGAUAAGAGCUGGAGGGUUUGGUGCUAAAGAUGACAUUGGAAGCUUCCUUCCUGUGGCGAGUGACUCGACUGACUUUGAGGAAUCAAUCCGAUCUGCACGCGAUUAUGAAGAAGCGCAACCAGAGGUUCAAAGACCGGGUCUUGGCUAUCCGAAAGUGUAAAUCUUUGCUUCUAUAGUUCUUGUUGGGUUUUGUGAGUUCAAUUGUUAUGUGUGAAUUGUGAUGAUGGACUAAGGCUGGAUCAUUCCAAGGUAGAGAACUCUGGUUUUAGUUGCUACAUUUAUAGAAAGUUUUUAGUUCUGUCAAGAUGAAUCUAAAUAUGUUUUCUUGCCCUGCUUAUAGCAAAAAGUUUUUAAAGGACUUUAAUAUUUGAUAUAAGGGGGAUGGAUUAUGGAAACUACCAAUCAUUCUAUAAAUCAGAAUUAUCAUUAUGU